AUGUGGCAUUCAACAGGGCUUCCACGCUGCUUGCGGUGGUGCGGAAUCCGCGCCGGUUUGCCGACGCGCGCGGCCAGGCGGGGGUUGCAUCGGGGAAAUGAUGCGCAGAUUGGCCGGAUCAUCUCAAAAACCACCACCCUCCCCGCGUGGGGGAGGCGAGGGGGACUCGCACCCUCUGCCUCCCUCGCGCGCGCCGCUCUUCCGCAGCAGCGCGCCCCGUUUCUCUCGCGCCCUCGGUCGCCGACGGUCGCCAAGGGGUGGAAUACAAUCCCCACCGCCGUCACCGCCGCCGCCACCGCCACCGCGCACCACCGCACACCACCGAACAACCAUCCCGACUGCCACGGCCGUCGACGACGAGUGACUGAGUCCUCCGAUUAUUAUCUCAUUUGCCGGCGCAGCCAGCAGCACGCAUCGCCGCCGCACGGCGCGCUCUCCGGCCAUACGGGAGAUCCAUAGAUCAUCCGCUGCGACCGGGCGACCGUACUCAAGGAGCGUGCCCGAAGAGCGACCUCGACUUCCUCCGUCGCGUGUUCAGCUGCCGCGAUGACGACCACCACCGGCGACCCGUCGACCCUGAAGACGCCGGCCUCCUUGUCGGGCGGCGACCUGGUGUCCCGCCUGUUGGCGGCCACUCCCCCGUACCUGUACAACGUGCCGCUGACACCUCACAGCUUCUUCUUCAGCGAGAUGCUGCGCUCCUUCGUGCAGGCCAAGGCGGAGACGCCGUCGGCCAGCGGUGGCGGAAACGGCAGCGGCGGUAGCGGUGCACCGAACGCGUCGCGACGUCGCAAGCGCUCCUGGCGAGACGCCCGGGACCGGCCGCUGGAGCUGACGACGAAGGAACGGCCGCAUCACCACCACCACCAUCACCAGCACCCGGACAAGUACUUCCACACGACGCAGCAGCCGUCGCAGGGACCGCCGGACGCGCGAUUAGAGAGCGAGGCGAAGCGCGCCGACGUCUAUCCGGACGCGGAGAGCAAAGUCGGUGCUUACGAUCAGAAGCCCAGCUUCGGCGCCGACAUCCUGAAGCCCAUCGACGAGAACAAGAGCGAGUUCCCGCGGCAGCACGGCAAGAGCUUCUUCGACGAGCGGCCGCGGCACUUCGAGCAGGCGCAGCCGCCGGAGAACGUCUUCCCCGGCGGCGAGCCGCGGAAGGUCAAGCCGGAAGAGUCAUCGCAGCAGCUCGAGCGCAGGAGCUGUAACUUCGUCGACAACGGCAGGAGCUACGAGGAUCGCAACGCGAAGAGUAUCGUGUCCGCUCAACAGCAGCAAGAGGUGCAGCUGCCGGAGCAGAAGAAGCUCGACUUCUCGCGGGGGUUCCUGCCCGGCCUGCCGGCGGCCGCCAGGGGCUGCGAGAUCCUCCAAGGUGUCAAGGGCUUCGCUCUGCCCGGCAACAUGCCCGGCGGACCGGACUUCUUGCCCGGUCCGCUCUGGUACCCGCCGUACCCGAUGCCGCAGUCCUACCCCGGCAUCGACCCCCUGCACUUCUUCAUCGAUCUCCGCGUCUCCGGCCACAUCUGGGAUCGCAAGCACAGCGACCGGCAGCUGCCCUUCAAGAGCAAGCACUGCUCGGCCUUCAGCGUGCCGCAGCAGUCGAAGGAGUACAACGGCAACCGGCCGUUGAAUCUUACCCGGGACGAGGCGACGACGUCCAAGUGCCAGGCCGACGAGAACACGCGGGGUACCAAUUACAUCCUGAAGCAUCUUACGAAGACGUACCGCGACAUCCAGACGAGGGAAACGUCGUUGACGGAGAACGAGGAGAACUCGAAGGAGUCGCACGAAGCUGGCGACGAGGAUAUCGCGAAGCUGGAGGACUCCGGCAGCGUGACGGCUGCCAGUCCGGAGGACGAGCGGAAGGAUCUGCGCGCUCUGAUCGGCCUCGAAUUAGUGGUGGACUACGUGAAGGAGCCGAAGGGCGAUCCGCCGGUCGAGCAACAGACCUCGCAAGUAACGGAAUAACUCGCCGCUACGGCACCGCGUGGACUCGCUAAGGAACGCGGCUCGGUCUUUCCACUCUUUCAUCGCUAAGAUAGUCGUGUAGAGUCGUUAAUCGCAUCCUCCACCGUUCGACACCUCCACGAAUUCUGCACUCGAUCGCGCCACCACCUCGCCGUAAUGUAGCACCUGACCCGAUCUCACCUGACCUGACCGCCGAGAUCGCGCACCGAAGGCGGACCUUCUCUUUUAGUCUCUGUGUGUGUGGGUGUAUAUGGAUGUGUCUGUGUGCAAGUGUGUGGACGGGUGAGGGUGUGUGUGAGGUAUCCGUCGUGUCUCCGUACACUGGGAUAAAAUAUUGUGAUAAAAAUUACCGAAAAAUUUUUUAAUGCUGGACCAUACCGGAAUUGUGACUGAAAUUAUUAUGUGUAUUGCAAUCUUUGGUGAUAUAUAUACAUGACUAAAUGAAAUGCAUCACCAAAGAUUACAACACACAUCAUAAUUUCAAUCAUAAUCCCGCCAUGGUCUAGCGUUACACAAUUUUCUGACGAUUUUUAUUACAUUAUUUUCUCCGUAAACGACGAUCGUAGACCGCUCGUCGCUCUCCGAGCGUGAUCGUCGCGGUAUCCUUCUUCUUUUCCGGAAGCGCGAAAAUUUCUCGUACAGAGAAAGAGAGAGAGAGAGAGUGAGUGAGAAAGAGAGAGUAAGGGAUCCACCGCUACUCAUCGUAGAGUCUCGUAGAGCUUUGUCGCACCUUUACAUACGUCUUCGGAGACGCCGCGUAUUCGAACGUGUCGCAGUUAUCGCUUUCUCAAAUCGACGGUCAACGUUAUCUUCGCCGGCUCGAUUCUGUACAUUUAAAAGCGCGGAGCGGUUCAACCGAAGGGAGAAGGGGAGAAAAAAAGAGAGCGGGAGAAAGAAAAAAAGAAGGAGAGAGAGAGAGAAAGAGAGAGAGAGGAAGCGGGAGGGAGGGAAAGUUACGAAAUCAUUUUACAGCGGAAAUUGAAGGGUCGCGAACGACCUUAUCAGAGCGGUAGGCAGCUCCGAUCCGAAUUCGAUAUGUGAUAUGCACUGUAAAUAUGAUAAUAAUACUCCGAUGUAUCUAUAUGUAUUGAUAGAACAUAUUCAUUGUUGUAAAUUGAACGUAAUAAAAACGAUGCGAUUUAACUGUA